ACAAGGAUGGCACGAAUCAGUUCGGAGAAUAGUCAUUAAUGAAAAAGACUCGGAAUUACUGCAAGAUACAAAAGAACUACUUAAGGGAACAUUGGGACGAUUUAUAAAGGCCUUCUCUUUAGAUGCACCAAACCCAUUGAAAGAUGUCACGAUGUUAGAAAGACCUCAUCUCAACCAAUUUAUACAUCCGUUAAUUGAUAAUGCAUUGUGGAUUUUUGCAAGUGAGAAUUGCAUUGUUUUCGCUGUACCAGUAGAGUGGAGGAAGGGGUCUUUUAAUACUGAUGUAGUCAAGUGGCAGGCACUUUACUGCAUAAUUACAAAAGUCAUGGCAGAUGGGGCAAGACUAGGGGCGAGGAAUGACAAAAAUGUUAACGACGAUAAGAAGAACAUCAAAAGCAUGAUUCAGCUGUUUAACUAUAUAAUUGUAACAGUGGCUUCAGAACGAAGACAAGUAUACACAGGCCUUCGAGUAUAUGGCGUAACUGCUUGUAAAACCGAACUCUCCCUUACAAUGCUUGAUUUUCAUGUGGACCGUUUUUGUCUUCCAAAAGAUUGGGUAGAUAUGCCUAAUUUCGUUUUUAUGUAUGAAGCUCUAAUAAAAUGGGCA